GAAAGGCAAAGGAGGUUUGGUUGGUCGACUUUGCUAAGAUAAGAGAGAGACUGUCUUCUCUCCUUCCUUCCUCAUUCUUCUCUCUCUAAACCUUCUUUGCAACAAAACUCCUCACUUUCUCUCUCUCUCUCUCUCUAUAGAAAAAGUUUGAAGCGUUUACUCGAAAAAGACUUUGUCUUUUAGGUUUCUUAACGAAAAUGGCGAUCGAGGAUCAAGAGAAUACCAUCCGAGAAAUCAAGCCUAAGAACAGAAGAAUCAUGGGAGCUGGUGGACCAGAGGAGGAAGAUAACAGGCAGCCGCCGUGGCUGAAAGCUCUGCUUCAGGAGAAAUUCUUUGGUCAUUGCAAGUUUCAUGCAGACUCUCACAAGAGUGAAUGCAACAUGUACUGCUUAGACUGUACCAACGGUCCGCUUUGCUCUCUCUGUCUUGCCCAUCACAAGAAUCAUCACACCAUUCAGAUAAGGAGAUCUUCUUAUCAUGAUGUUAUAAGGGUGAAUGAGAUACAAAAGCAUAUUGAUAUAGCCGGGAUCCAAACUUAUGUGAUCAAUAGUGCUAAAGUCAUCUUCUUGAACGAGAGGCCUCAGCCUAGGCCCGGGAAAGGUGUGACCAAUACCUGCAAGGUUUGCUAUCGUAGCCUCGUUGAUGAUAGCUUCCGCUUCUGCUCUCUUGGCUGCAAGAUUGCUGGAGCAUCUAGAGGAUUUGAAAAGGGAAGGAAGAACCUUUUGAUGGAAUCAGAUGAUUCAAGUUGCAGCAUUGGAAUUGGGAAGAACAUUCAGAGUUUCAGCCCAUCAACACCUCCACUUACUGCAUCUAGUCAGUGCAGAAUCGCCAAGCGAAGAAAGGGAAUCCCUCACCGGUCUCCAAUGGGAUAAA